CUGGUUUUUUGUUCUGCCAAUCGGCAUCCGUGGCGGGUGCAUGCGCGGCAGUCAGUCGAGGAGAAGUGGGAAAAGCGUGAGGGGAGACGGAAGGUUUGGGAGAAGGGGAAGAAGGAGGACGAGGAGUCCGUUGUCUGAGGCUUUGUGUGGUUUUGCGAAAUUCUUUGUAUUUAACUAAACAUGCCGAGGAAACGGGUGCUGGAAAAAGAUGAUGUUGUCAGCGUGAAGCGGACUAAAGUCAGUCACCCAACACACCAAACGGAGCCUGGCCUGCUGCUGACCUUGGGGCAGGGUGAUCUUGGGCAGCUGGGCCUUGGCCCAAAUGUGAUGGCACGGAAGAGGCCUGCCCUGGUGCAACUCUCCGAGAAGAUCAUCCAGGUAGAAGCAGGAGGGGUCCACACAGUGUGCCUCACCGAGACAGGAAAGAUCUAUACCUUUGGCUGCAAUGAUGAGGGUGCCUUGGGGAGGGACACUUCAGAGGAAGGGUCUGAAUCCAUUCCCGGGCUUGUUGACCUGAAGGAGAAGGUGGUGCAGGUGUCUGCUGGAGACAGCCACACAGCGGCCUUGACGGAGGAUGGGCGUGUUUUCAUCUGGGGCGCUUUCCGGGAUGAAAAUGGAGUCAUUGGCUUACUGGCUCCCCAGAAAGGGGAAGAAAAUUUGGAUACCACAAAGGGUAGCCCUCUUCCUGUGGAGCUGCAGCUGGAUGUACCUAUAGUUAAAAUUGCCUCAGGAAGCCAUCACUUGGCAGUGGUGUCUACGGCAGGCAACCUUUACACCUGUGGUUGCGGAGACAAUGGCCAACUGGGCCGAGUGCCUCAAGUUUUCACCACCAGAGGGGGACGAAGAGGAUUGAAGCUGCUGCUGCUCCCACAAAUCGUCGCUAUCAAGCAGAGAGGCUGUAAGACCAAGGGGCGCAUCCGGGACGUAUUCUGUGGGUCUUACUCCACCCUUGCCAUCACUCAAGAGGGGCAUGUUAUUGGAUUUGGCCUCUCCAAUUACUAUCAGCUGGGUUCACAAGGGAUCGAAACUUACUACUCGCCAAAGAUUCUGACUGCAUUCAAGAACUCCAACAGAUCUUGGGUCAAGUUCUCAGCUGGUCAACAUCACACUGUGUGCCUGGACUCAGAAGGAACUGUGUAUAGUCUGGGCAGGGCAGACUAUGGCAUGUUAGGCCUUGGCCAGGGCUGUUCAGAGAAGACCAACCCCACGGCCAUUCCUGGGAUACCCAAGUCCUCUUCAGUCGCUUGUGGAGAAAGGGUUGGCUUUGCAGUCACAGAAGACGGUCGAGCUUUUGCCUGGGGCAUGGGCUCUAACCUCCAGCUUGGCACAGGCGACGAAGAUGAUGCUUGGAGCCCUGUUCAGAUGUCUGGGCAACAGCUGGAGAAUCGCAGUGUCCUCUCUGUGUCCAGUGGAGGGCAGCACACUGUCUUACUGGUCAAGGACAAGCAGAGUUGACAAACUGUACUUGCAUUAUUGCUAAUAGCCACCCGAGGGCACUGCCUUCCUGAGUCUCUUGGAACAGGGUCUUGGAAGACUGGCUUCUGGUGGCUUCCCGUGUGGAAAACCUUCCAGUGUUUCUGUGGAGGAGAAAAUUAGCUGAUAUAAAAAAAAUACUCUCUGGGAUGCAGGAAUAUGUUUAAAUCUGAAAAGGCUUCCAUCCUUGCUCUCAUCUCUAUUGGUGGUGGAGGACAUGGCCGCAUUUGUACCUCUUUUGUCAACCAAUGAAGUGACUGAUUUUAUCCUCUCGAAACAUUGCUUUGAAAAGCCCCUUCAACUUCCUGCAGAUUAUUUGCCCUGUGACCUAUUUCAGAAAUCAGCAGAACAUGUCCCCUGCUUUUCUUCCCUAACCAGGUUUGCUGGCUUCACCUCUUUCCCUUGCCUUUCCUCCUACCUCCAGUUUUUGCUUUUCAACAAUACAGGAUGUUAUCUUUUCCUCUGGUUUUAAUUUUUGUUCUCUUAAGAGAUUUUUUUUAUCUAUCUAAAUUUUAAUUUUUGAAUGUAAGCAUAACUCAGGUGUUAGUUGCUUCCCCCAUGUCUUCUGCUGUGAUCAGCCAAGUUAAGGAGCAUGGAACAGAACAGGAGAAAGUCAGAAAAAACAUUUCAGUGCAUUUUGCACCAGAUAACUUACUGAAUGGUAAGCUCUUUAAAAUGGCUUUGCCUCAUGUUUAGUAAGUGUAGGUGCCUUAUAGGUAGUCUUCCAUAGGGGUGACUUCAGUUCACAGCAGAAAUGAGCAAUUACUUUGGGGACAAGUGGCUAAUUUCUCCCUUGAUCCUACAGCUGGCCGCAUCCCCCUUCCACACACCAAGGCCAAAUACAGUACCUCAGUCUCAGAAUGGCAGCAGAUGCACCUUCGCUUCCUGUUGCCAUUUCGGGAGAUGCUGCAGAUGAAAACAGAAGUAGUUUCUCUGCAGACCUCCAAGGAGUGGCCAGGAGUGUCGACUGUCACAUUUUGAAAGUGGCUGCAGAAAAACUGGCAUUUGAAAUAAUUUGGGAUUCUGUGAUCCUGAUGAGGAUUGAGGUAUUUUGGGGGUGUUUUCAUAAAUCCAGAGACUUUCCUGUGUGAUUUUAGAGCAAUGUUACCUGAAAAUCAUGCUGCUCUUUAAAAAAAAAAGGGAGGUGAGGGACAGAUGGAGGUUUUCAGGGGUCCACAUGUAGCUGCAAACUGCACUUUGCCAACUCCCAGUGACAGGCAGGGCUCUGAAAUGGAAUAGGAUUCCUGUUUGUUUCAGGGUUCCAAAUUCUCCAGUCCAACUUCCUUGAUCUAACACUGCAGUGAGAAUUGGGGAGAAUUUUUGCAACUCAAGAGGGGUCUAUUUUUUUCUUCAUUUUGGGUACAUUCUGUGACUGCUUUCAAAAACCAUGUCUAUAAUCCUACAGUUGGAGGAGACUAGUACAACAACCAAGGCUAGUUGUCUAUAAUAUGCUCUGUAUAGUCUUGGCACAGAUGAAUAUUGACACUGCCCAGUCCUAAGUGCCCAGUGUUGUGGUGCAGUCUGAGAAGACCAUGGCUUCUCUCAUAUGGUAAAAUUAGAGACUUGCAUCUAGAAAGUGAUGCCCUAACACAGCCUUUCCACAACAUGAUGUGAUUGAAGAUUAUUUUUGUUCCUUUAUGGAAUAUAUCUAUUUGCCCGGCUUCCUCGAUUAGAUUGUGAGCAAAAGUCGGGCAGCAGCUUCUGUGUUGUUUUGUAAGAUUUUGGCUAAAUCUUUCUUGAUUAGGAUGUGUGCUCAGUUAUUACAGCACUCUGGGUCACUGAUUUAAUCUAUUCCACUGCAGCAGUGUCAUUUCAAAGGUGACAGAGACUAGCCUAAUUCCACACACACACUCAGAAACUGCAGGAAGACUGGCACAAAGCAGCUUCCAACUUUGUCAUCUGCAGCUGCGUUAUGAAACUUGGGACAGUUGUAUAAAAGGCUUUAUUUUUUUAAAUAGUAAAUUGAGGCCUGGGGUGGAAGCAGUGGGGUGCUUUUUUGUGUUUUUUGAAAAAUAAGGACAAAAUUUAAAAAUAGUGGCAUUUACAGACACAUCUGUAAAUUUCUAACAAUUUUGAAAUAAAUUGAGUUGUGUUA